AUGAAACCGCGCAAGCGCUGUUGGAACCGCCUGCAACUAUUUACCGCUGCGGCCGGCUCUCCUGGCCGCAGUACAACCGCAGCGGGUGCUAGACCUUUACCUGAAGAAACUACUUUUCUUAGCACCAUGCGUAUGCACAAGAUGUUCAUGAAAAUGCACAAGAAGCAUGGAGGGCCUCCUAAACCCGGAAUGUUUCAUGGAAGACAUGGAUUCAGUCACCACAUGAUGCCUAAACCCCACUGGACGUGGCACAACAUGAUGCCUAAACAGCAUGAGAUAGGUCCACAUAUGCAUCACAAACCGCAUAAGAUGGGUCCACAUAUGCAUCGCAAACCGCAUGAGAUGGGUCCACAUAUGCAUCGCAAACCGCAUGAGAUGGGUCCACAUAUGCAUCGCAAACCGCAUGAGAUGGGUCCACACAUGCAUCAUAAACCGGGACAUAAGCCACAUAUAAUGGGACAUCACAAAAUGCAUCCACCAAUGUUCCACGGGAUGCAUGGAAAGCACCAUCACAUGAAACGCCACCGACAACCUUCCUCUUUUUCUUUCUCGAGUUCAAGCGAAAGUGAAAAUGAAUUUUUGGUAGAUAAUGCAAUGCACCAACCACAUGGAAGGCCGCAUCACACAUCGCUCCAGGCUCAUGAAAUGUUAGAUCAUAUGCUAGAGCCUGGAGAAGUAUUGCCUCACAUGAAGCCUAAACAUCACGGACCGUUUCAUAUGAUUCACAAGAAACAUAAAAUAGGUCCACACAGAAUGCACCCCCGUAAGUUCCACAAGAUGCAUGGCAUGAGAUCCCAUAUGCCGCAUAAGCCACGAGGAAUGGACCAUCAUAUGAUACAUAAGCCAGAAGUAGGUCUUCCACAUGACAUGUUCCUCCACAAAAUUCAUCACCUCCAUAACAUGCACAAGAAACACCAUCACAUGAAACACAGGGGCCGAUCCUCCUCUCAAUCAUCCUCGAGUUCCAGCGAUAACGAUAACGGCCUUCGUGUCUACAGAAUUCAAUCCGGGGAUCAAUAGAGGUUGGGCGAAUAACAUUUGAAACUGCAGGUAAGGAGCCCUGGGAAGGACGAAAGAACCAAAUUGAAGUAAUAAGAAGACUUAAAACGAAAUGGCUUAGGUAUCAGGUCGACAGCAAUCGUUGACAACGCACAACAAAAUAUCCAGAUCCCCUUAAGGAUGAAAAUGAAGAAAAAAUAUAUAUAAUAAAUUAAUUAAAUGUGUAUAUAUUAUAAACAUGAUUGGUUGCUGAAACAAUAAGAAGUUAUUUUUAUAUUUUAUUAUUUAUUUAUAAUUUUUUUGUUUAAAAACUAUGUUAUAUUAUGAGAUAUUAAAUACUGUUUUCUAAAAUGUCAUUGAUUAAUUACAUUCCUAUUCCUCAGUGUGUCUAAAUAUAAAACAUAU